CCUUGAAGACGAGGUAACAUGUGUUAAAAGAACUUAGGCCGACGUUGUUUCGAACUAUUCAGCUUUGGACAAGGUGUCACUACUGAAUUACAGAAAUGGGAAGGAAAUCAUGGGCAGAUUUGAAGAAAAAAGGUCCUGGAAGGAAAGCAAAGAAGCAGCCACCACCAGAAGAGAACUUACCCCCUGAACUGCUUGCAUCCAUUUCAGAAGAUGGACCAAAGAAGAAGAAAAUUAAAAGGUUGCAGAAGGAAGAGAAGAAGAAGAAUUUAGGACCAGAAAAAGAUAUGAAAGGAAAGAAAGAAAAUAUUUUACACAAUAAUUCAGGAAAUGUAGUUUCAUUUGAGGAUGCAAAAACUGGAAAGAAGACAAAGCCAAAGAAAAAGAUAAAGAAGUCCAAACGUGAAGAGAAAAAGAUGGAGUUGUUCGAUUCUGAAAAUGAAGAUGGAAUAGUUGAGGAAGCCAUCUCUGAGAAGAAACAGGAGAAAAAGUCAAAGAAAAAAGCAAAACCAUUCAGUGAUGAAAAUUCGUCUUGGCUCAAACUGGCUGAUGAAAACAAAUCGAAAGAAAAAGUUGACGACAUAGAUGAUGAUGAUUCUGAGGUUGAUGAUUAUGAUGACGAUAUGCCUGCUGAUGAGUUCAGUGAUCAAGAUGAGGCUGAGUCUGAAGAUGAGACAGGAUCUGAAGAUGAGGAUGUCGCAGAAGAUGAUGAUAUGCUAUCCAUUGAGAAGAAGUCGAAGAAGCUCGAUGCCAAAAAACGAAAAAUGAAAGCUUUAGCUGACGCUGAACUGCAGACCAACAUCAAAGAGACUGAAACCUUCCGACUUCCGAGUGGACAAGAAAUCGAGAAAGAAUAUAUCGAGGCUCCUGAUUUGACCUUGAUAUACCAAAGGAUAAAGGAUAAUUUUCAUGCGCUGUCGAAUUUCAAAACGUUGAGAGAACCAGGAAGAAGCCGGUCAGAAUACCUGUCUUUGCUUCUCCGUGAUUUGACAUCGUACUACAGUUAUAACGAAUUCCUCAUGGAACAACUAAUGAAUCUUUUCCCUGGCGGAGAGCUUUUGGAGUUUUUAGAAGCCAACGAAGUCCAAAGGCCAGUGACAAUAAGAAGCAAUUCUUUGAAGACGAGAAGGAGAGACUUGGCGCAGGCCUUGAUAAACCGUGGCGUCAACCUUGAUCCGAUCGGGAAAUGGUCAAAAGUUGGACUGGUUAUCUAUGAUUCAUCAGUUCCAAUCGGUGCGACACCAGAAUAUUUGGCUGGUCACUACAUUUUGCAAGGUGCUUCUUCCCUUCUGCCUGUGAUGUCAUUAGCACCUCAAGAGGGCGAGAGAGUUCUUGACAUGUGCGCUGCCCCUGGUGGUAAAACAACUUACAUAGCAUCUCUUAUGAAAAACAGUGGGGUGAUUGUUGCUAAUGAUGCCAGCCAGGAGCGUCUAAAAGCUGUGGUUGGAAAUGCACAUCGUCUAGGUGUUACCAACGCGGUUAUAUGUAAUUACGAUGGAAAGUCUUUCCCAAAGGUAAUGGGUGGGUUCGACAGAGUGUUACUUGACGCUCCUUGCAGUGGGACGGGGGUCAUAUCAAAGGACCAGGCUGUUAAAAUCAACAAGAGUGAAAAAGACAUCCUGCGAUGUUCUCACAUCCAAAAGGAGCUGAUCUUAGCGGCAAUCGAUUCAUGUGAUGCAAGAUCGAAAACUGGAGGGUAUAUUGUGUAUUCUACGUGUUCCGUCAUGGUUGAAGAAAAUGAAUGGGUUAUUGACUACGCCUUGAAAAGACGAUGCGUAAAAUUGGUUCCGACUGGACUUGAUUUUGGUGAACAAGGCUUUACCAAGUUUAGAGAACGUAAAUUCCAUCCUUCACUCUCUCUAACACGUCGAUUCUACCCUCAUACUCACAACAUGGAUGGAUUUUUUGUGGCCAAGUUGAAGAAAUUCUCAAACAAGCUUCCCACAGUUGGAACACAAGAGAAGGAUCAAGAAACUGACGAAGAAGUUUCAGAUGAUGCCGCAACGACUGGAGAUCUUGAGAAACUCGAAAAAACCUCCAGCCCUGUGGAUAACAAGGAACCUGUUAAUUUGAAGGAAGAGGAACGCUCAAAGAAGCAAAAAAGUCCACAAAAGGCGAAAGGUUCAAAAAAGACAGAUAAUUCAGAGAAAGAUAAAGAUGCGAAUGAGCCUGGUGAAAAAUUGAAGAAACCGAUCAAGAAGAAAAACAACAAAAGAAAGCAGGAUAAAGUAACGAACGCUAAGAAAAGAACAAAAAAGAACACGAGUAAACGAAGCAAGCAAGAUAUUUAGGCCUAACGGUGAUAAUUUUGUUGACUGUAAAAAGUCACGUUUUCUCAACUGCAAGUUUUUUAGUAAGUUACUUGAGGCAGUUAUACGCGUCAAGAAAUUCAAUUUCGGUUCUUCGCUUUCAUUAAUCAAGGCAUCUAAAUUUAUCAACGAUCAUUGCGCAUGAUCUUAUAACCUUGAAUGUUUAUCUCCUUAUCAAGAAGAGACUCCUUAUCAAUAUUUCCUUGGCCGUUACUUUCUCGACAACCCUAUUUGAUAUCUGCCCUUUUGUAGUAAGAACAAUUAACAUUAUGCAGUUGUAGAUAUUACUUGACUUCUUUUAAAUUCUAUGUGUUUUAGAUAACAGAUUUAUACACACAGUAAGUUUAUAAUGAAUCGGGUUUAUCAA